UGCGAAAUCGGUGGACGAGUAAAUUCAUCGCCAUGAGUCUGACCCUGCGUACGCUGGGCCGCCACGCUUGCCGCGUCAAGAAGGACGUGGUCUUCCGCGUCGCUUCGUCGGCCGCCGCCAGCGGCGCGUACGAGACCAAGACGCAGAUCCCGCCGCCGGCGCCGUACACGGGUCUCUUCAGCACCAACUUUGACGUGACGGAGCCCAAGCACAAGGCGCGCAUGGAGCGCUGGAAGUGGCUCCUCGAGCUCCUCGGGUACUUUAACGAAGAAGCCACGAUGACGUCCAAGUCGGCGCUGCUCUUCAACAGCUGCGUGAACCAGGCCGCGCACCCGAGCUUCUACCGCGCGCUCGACUUGCCGGCGGACUUUCGGUCGCAGCAAGCGCUCUUGAUCCUGCAUGUGUGGAUUGCGCACCGCCGUCUCAUUGCGUCCAAGACGCCCAACACGCCCAAGGAGAAGAUCGACCCUGGCAAGCUCCUCCAAGAAGCGCUCUUUGAUCGGCUCUGGGAAGACACGACGGUCCGGAUCCGCAACCAGAACGUCUCGGAGCUCACGGUCAACAAGCAUCUGCACGAAGUCCAGCAGCGCAGCUUCAACCAGUGCGUCGCGUACGACCAGUACUUUGCCGCGAACGGCGCCAAGCGGUCGCUCAGCGAAGCCAUCUCCAAGCACGUGCUCAACGUCGAGCCGUCGGCCAAGCCGAGCCAGACCGCCCUUCUCACGGCGUACGUCCAGCGCGAGCUCAAGACAAUGCAAAAGCUGCCACUGGAAGUGCUCGAGACGGGCGACCUGCCGUGGGGCCCGCCGCUGGCCAACCCGAGCAACAUGAGCUACGACGACGACGAGUUCGACCUCAUCGGCCAGCGCUACGGCAACUGGCGCAGCGCCCUCGACGUCCGCGGCACGCGCUACUUUUGGAACAUGACGACGCGCUUCUCGUCGUGGGACAAGCCGACCAAGGACACGAAAUAGAGUUAACUUCGAGCAUCCAAUCUGUCGCUUCGCUAAGCGUCGUUGUCGUCGUCGUGUGCGAGGACUUGUCGUAGCAAGUUGGACGGCAGGUUCUCGCUCGGUCAAUGUCGCGCGCAGCUCUGAAGCGGCUGUCGAAGGACGGCGGUAAAGCAGGAGCACGUGUCAAGCCUCCUCCAUGUGGCGCCGUCAUUUCGAUCCUCAUCUGCCUCCCUACAGCCGCACCACCGAGUCCGCUCUUCGGUCGGAGGAGGAAGCCCGUGCCGCGAUCGCCAUGCAGCAUUUGAUGAGCUUCAAAGCUGCAUGCGUCCACCGAGUCAUGACCGUCGAAUGAGCCUCCGACCGUGCACACAUGCCACAGUCAUCUUCAUUCAAGUGUGUACCUUGGUACCAGG